AUGUCGCCACACGUCUCACCUUCCCAGCUUGCUUCGGUUGUGUCUCGCAGCCCGCAAUCCAUCAUCUACCCCGUCGGCAAAGAGAGGGCCAGCUUCAAUACCGUCGCCGUGACGCCGUUCCAGUGGUCUGUCUACGACAUUGUCAAGCAGAUUCCACCAGGCUCCCUGUCAACCUACGGCGACAUUGCCAAGCAUCUCGACACGUCUCCGCGCGCUGUCGGCAACGCGCUCCGCAGGAACCCCUUCUGCCCUCUAGUCCCUUGCCACCGCGUCGUUGCCUCUAGUGGCGCACUGGGAGGAUUCUUUGGCGAGACCAAGGAAGGGGAGGUCGUCGACACCAAAGUCCGCAUGCUGCGCGACGAGGGCGUUCGCCUCAGUGCUGGGCCCAAGGGAUACACCAUCGACUCUGUUGAACUCAAGGCGAGGCGUUGGACAGCCGACGGGGAGUGA